CUCCCAACAACACUGUUUCUACACUGCACUUCGAAAACUGAAACUGCAACAAAGAAAUAGCAAGGCUCACUGCCGUCCCUGAGGGUAUCAAUUUCUGGUUUGAUAUCAACUGAUUGACACAAAGCAAGAUUUUCUUCCACAAGCCUGGAUUAACUGGGCUGUACCCCCAGUUUAACUGCCUAACUUUUGGAUUCUCGCUGCGCCCGCGGAUAGCCAUGGCCGGCGAUCACGACAAUGACGACCUUCCCCAGCCUUUCGACGCAAAGAAAUUAGCUCCCGCCCGAAAGCGACAACGGUCCACCUCUCCCAGCGGAAACGCGACCGCCAGCAGCUCAGGCGAGGUCCCCCGUAAGCUCAAGCGGCCGGGCCAGCGCGCCCGCAUCAGCGAGGCCGAGCGAGAGCAGAUCCGGCAGCGCGCUCUCGAGCGCGAGCGGCAAUUCCAGCAACAAGCCGCCGAGGAGGAACUCAAGCAGCGGUCAGCCAUCAACGACGUGGUGAAAGCGCACUACAAUGCCGUCCCCGAGCGUGGCCGGGAGUGGCGGAAGACGGAGAGCCGGAUCAAGGGCCUGAGAUCGUUCAACAAUUGGGUGAAGAGUUGCAUGAUUCAGAAGUUUUCCCCCGACGAGGACCAUGUGCCGGGGGCGAUGGAACGGGGGAUCAGCUCCGGCAAUCGGCUGCUGGUGCUGGAUAUUGGGUGCGGCAAGGGAGGCGAUCUGUUCAAGUGGCAGCAGGCGCCUCAGACAGUGGAUCUCUACGUCGGAUUGGAUCCGGCUGAGGUUUCGAUUGGACAGGCACGGGAGCGGUACCGAAGCAUGUUGAACCGAGGCGGAGGCGGUGGGCGCGGCGGCAGGGGCGGCCACCACCGCCGCCCGCAGCAGCGCAUAUUCGAGGCCAGGUUUCACGUCAAGGAUUGCUAUACCGAAUCGAUCGGGGACGUCGACAUUGUGCGGCAGGUCGGGUUCUCGGCAUCCAACGUCAGCAGCCCCCGUGGGUUCGACGUGGUCAGCAUGAUGUUCUGCAUGCACUACGCCUUCGAAACCGAGGAGAAGGCGCGACAGAUGCUCAAGAACGUGUCUGGCGCUUUGAAGAAAGGCGGCCGCUUUAUCGGGUGCAUUCCAAACUCGGACGUCAUCAGCUCCAAGGUGGUCGCGUUCAACAAGCGGAUGGAAGAGAAGAAGCAGAAAAAGGCCAAGGCCCAAGACGCAACAACAACGACGACGGCAACAACAACAGCAACAGCAACAACAACAACAAACCCCGCAGAGCCCCCAACAACAACAACCGCCACCUCCGACCCGUCCCCGCCAAAGGAGAACGGCGAGGUCGACGACGAAGAAGAAGGCGAGGCCGAAGACACCGCCUCGUGGGGCAACGACAUCUACCGCGUGCGCUUCCCCGGCGCGACGCCGGCGGACGGCAUCUUCCGCCCGCCCUUCGGCUGGAAGUACAGCUUCUUCCUGCACGAGGCGGUCGAGGAGGUGCCCGAGUACGUGGUGCCGUGGGAGGCCUUCCGCGCGCUGGCCGAGGACUACAACCUGGAGCUGCAGUACCACCGGCCGUUCGCCGAGGUCUGGCAGACCGAGAAGGACGACCGCGAGCUCGGCCCGCUCAGCGAGCGCAUGGGCGUGCGCGACCGCGCCACCGGCCGCCUGCUCGUCUCCGACGAGGAGAUGGAGGUCGCUAGUUUCUACGUCGCGUUUUGCUUUUAUCGGGUAUGAGGGCGGUCGGGCGGACAUCAUCAUUGGCAUUUUGGGUCUGUGGUUUGCGCUUUAUUUAGAUGGCAAGUGGCGUCGCGGAUCGCCCAUUCUACUCUGGUUUUAUCGUGUGUUUCCGCGUGCAAGCUUUCGAAGGGGGUCGUCGUAGGGCAGGGAUUUCCUGCUGAUUUUCCCCUUCAUCCCGGGACAGCAGAGAAGGAUCUCGUUGCAGUUCGUUA